AUGUAUUGUGAAUCAACUCUUUCGGAUGCAAAAAUUAAUCUCAAUUUUGCCAAACGUGCCUUCGAAAAUUUAAAAAAUAAAGAAGAUUUAUAUAAUAGAGGGCUAGAAGUAAUAAAAUAUGGUCAAGAUUUGUUAGAAGAAAUUACAGAAUUGAUGAUGUUUCCCGAAAGUUCACAUUCUUUAAACGGAGAUAUAAAUGUUGAUAAUGAAGCUAGUAAAAAUGAAAAGGAUAUAAAUAAGGUUUACGAAAAUGUGCUGAAUGUUAAAGCUAUUAAUUAUAAACUUCGAGUAUUUAUCGUAGAGUCCAUAACUUUUCAAAACCUUAAAAGUAAAUUCUGGGAUAUUUAUCUUUAUGUCAACUAUUGUAAAGAUAUGCAUGAAGAGAUCGCUCGUCGAAUAGAAGAGGCAAAUAGUUUGAUUGACAAAUUGAAAAACACAAUCAAAGACUUGUUAGACGAAGAAAAUCAAAGAAGUAGUUGGGAAAAGAUUAGAUGUAGAGCCAUGUCCUUAGCAAACUUUCUUAUAAUUCCUCAACAUCAAUUUAAUUGUGAAAUUAUUAAAAGUGAACUUUCAGGUGGUGGAUUAGUUAGAGGAAGUAAUGAUCACAUAAUUCAACGAAAGUAUCUAGAACAUAAAGUUGCUGAAAAGAUUACUAAUGAUAAAUCUUUGUAUGAAUUGAAGAAAGAAAUUAAUUUUAUGCGAAAUCUUUGUGAAUGUUCAUAUAUUCUUGAAUUUUACGGUUACUGUCGUCGAUCUACAACUGAAUUCUCCGUAAUUUCAGAAUGGGCUGAUAAUAAUUUGCAAGCGUACCUUAAUGACCAUCUUUUAGAGCCAACUGAAAAACUAUCAAUUGCCCGUGGAAUUGCUAGUGCAUUGGAUUAUUGUCAUGAGAAAGAUAUUUUACACUAUGAUGUUAGAACUUCUAAUAUAUUGCUAAAUGAAUUUUUACAACCUAAACUGUAUAACUUUCGAACUAAUGAAGAAUCUACAUCAUCAGCACCACUUAGUAUUUUAAGUUCACCGGAAAGAAUCCGAGGUGAAAAAUACAACAAAGUCAGUGAAGUAUACAGUUUCGCACUAGUUAUGUGGGCCAUUUUAUAUCAACAAAUGCCCUUUAUUACCUUAACUUCAAAGGAGGAAAUCAAACGCCAAAUACUUGACAAAACCCGUCCAGAACUUACUACUGUAGACGGUAUACCAACCGAAUAUCAAGAAAUUAUUAAAAAAUCCUGGUCUCAUGAUCCUUCUGCACGUGAUAAUAUGAAAAUUAUUUUAGAACAUUUGAAUAUAUUAGAUCUUGAAAGUUUCUCUGGCAUUUCUAAUCAGGAUGCAGAUGAUUAUUUUGAUUUUAAUAGUGCAAAUAUGGAUCCAGUGACCGCAACAAUAUUAAAAAGUAAAGAAUUUGAGAUGUGUUGUCGAUAUAGUCAAUAUCCAUCCAAAUCUGAACAAAUAGAACAAGGUAUUGAACAUCAUAAAUAUAAAAGAUAUGAUGAUUCAUGGAAAUUAUUUAAAGAUUAUUGUGAUAUCAAACCUGAAGAUCCGCAUGCAAACUUUUGGGUUGGUUUUUAUUAUCUUAAAGGACAUUCUGUUAAGAAAGAUCUUCAAGAAGGAUUGAAAUACCUUAAAAAAGCUUCAGAGUUACAACAUCCGGAUGCGCAAUAUUGGUACGCGUUAACGUUAUUAAAUAGUUCUGUUAAGUUUGAGAAUGAUGGGUGCGAAGCUGCAAUGAAAUAUUUAAGAAUAUCAGCAUUGACGAAUUAUAAGGCAUUGGCGGUUCUGGGAAGAAUCGUACAAACUGGAAUUUAUGGUCGUAAAGCAAAUUAUCUCUUAGGAAAAGCGAUGAUUGACGAAGCUCAUAAUAUGGGGAUGAUAAGUUGA